AUCUCAAACACUGGCGCGUCGGCGGUCAGUGGCCCGUCCACUCGGCCCCUCCUCUUUUUAACUCUCUCUCUCUCUCUCUCCGGCCGCCACCCCCUCGCCGCGCCGACGUCUCGCCUCCGCCGCCUCGUUCUCGUUCCGAUGGCUAGACGCGUCAGCACCACCCGCCUCCUCCUCCUCCUCCUCCUCGUCGCCGCCGCGGCGGCGGCGGCGGCGGCCGGAGACCAGGAGGACCCGCGUGGCGGCGGCGACAACGGCACCGCCCGCUUGGAUCGCCGCACCAAGAUGUUCCUGCACGCGGCGCGGGCGAGCGACGGCGGCGCCACGGGGAUGGAGAAGGCCGGGCUGGGUCUCUUCGACGCCUUCUUCGCUAGCUUGUCCAUGAUUCUGGUCAGCGAGAUUGGGGAUGAGACCUUCAUCAUCGCCGCGCUGAUGGCGAUGCGCCACCCCAAAUCCACCGUGCUCUCAGGCGCUCUGUCGGCGCUGGUCGUUAUGACCAUCUUGUCCACCGGGCUUGGCAGAAUCGUUCCAAAUUUGAUAUCCAGGAAGCACACUAACAGCGCAGCAACUGUCCUUUAUGCGUUCUUUGGGCUACGGCUGCUGUACAUUGCUUGGAGGUCAGAUUCUAAGGCAUCACAAAAGAAGGAAAUUGAAGAAGUAGAGGAAAAGCUGGAAGCAGGACAAGGGAAAUCAACAUUUAGACGCAUCUUCUCAAGGUUCUGUACUCCUAUUUUUUUGGAGUCGUUUGUGUUGACCUUCCUGGCGGAGUGGGGCGACCGAAGUCAGAUUGCCACAAUUGCGUUGGCCACUCACAAAAAUGCGGUAGGGGUCGCUGUGGGAGCAACCUUGGGGCACACCAUCUGCACAUCGUUCGCUGUGGUGGGUGGCAGCAUGCUGGCAUCCAAGAUAUCUCAGGGCACAGUGGCCACCAUUGGAGGCCUCCUCUUCCUUGGCUUCUCUCUGUCAUCAUAUUUCUACCCACCAUUGUGAAUUUUGUGAUGAACUGAUGACAUCCUACCAAGGGGGUGUAUAUUCCGUUGCAGCCAAGCAUGCUGGCUUGAAAUAUAAACGCAGGCGCUACAUAUGUGCAGCAGUGUGCAACCUUUGUAUUGUUUGUUUGAAAUCACAAAUCUAUUCUACGUAGGUUUCCGAUUGAAUUAGUUUGCGACAACCGGUGUACAUUUACGAUAUACUCUCUCUCCGUUUUAAAAUGUUUGACACCGUUGACUUUUUAA